AUGUCUAUAUAUUUUAAUUUGUCUAUUGAUGAUGUGUGCAUUUUGUUUUCACCGAAGCUGCGAGUUACCCCAACCCAGACGCAGCCAGUGGAUACAUCUCUCAGUCCUUCAGUGAAGAGUGCAUCAAGAGGAUAUCAGACAGCCCCAUCUAGUCAAUUCUCUGGUCAAUCCAGCAAUAUUGAUGGGGUCAAGAGCUGUGAUCAAUUGGUCAUUGACUAUUUGCAGCAGCAGCCUGCAAGCAUUGGACAGGAAAAGGGAGUACAUAGGGAUGAACUUUCACGGCAGCUAAAAUUUUCUGUGGAGAAGAUCAUGGAAUCUAUUAGGUCUCUUGAAGAGGAGGGUUUGAUAUACUCCACCAUCGACGAGUUUCACUACAAGUCAACUCAAUGUGGUUGAUACUCUUUGAGGAUUGCUAGGGUUUGGUGUUAGGAGUUAGGGCCAUACAUAAUGAGUGUCCUUUGCUGUUUUAUGUUUCUUAUA